UUAUAUUUAUUUAUUUACUUUUUAAAUAAUCGAUCUUUACUUUGUACUUUGUAUUUGUUUUUGUGUUGAAUUGUUAAAAAAUAAAAAAAAAAACAAAUAUUCAAUUAAAGUUGAUAUCAAGGAGUUAUAUUUUUACUUCCUAACAUGGCUGAUCGAUUAACACAACUUCAAGAUUGUAUAAAUCAGCAAGCAGAACAUUUCUGUAACAGCAUAGGAAUUCUCCAACAAUUUGCACCACCCAGUAAGUUUCCAAAUUUUGAUAGAAGUGGUUCUCAAACUCCUCAACAACAAACUCAGGAAGAUUAUGUCCAGCUCUUUACUACACUAAUAGCUAGAUGUGCAAAAGAUAUUGAUACUCUAAUAGAAUCAUUACCAAGUGAAGAAAAUUCAGCUGAAUUACAGUUGGCUAGUCUUCGACAGCUGGAACAAGAAAAUCAAGAAGCAGCCGACCGUCUAGAUAACGUGGUCAAAUCUGGUCAGGAAUUGCUAGAAAAAAUUCAAUCUGCAUUGAGCGAUAUCGCUCAAGCUCAGUUGGACAUGCAACACCUCAGCAAAACGGCUACGAGCGGACGAGAAUGAUUGAGGGGGAUACGAAGGGUCAGAAAUGCAUCGACUGAUGCUGGAAGAAUCAGUCUGAACGAGUGCACAACGGGUACUAGUUGUGGACCAGGAAAUACUGUUUAAAAGUUUAACAUCUGUAUGCAUCGUCCUCUUUUAACUUAAAAGCGCUUUUUAUAACUGGUACUUUUAAAAAUUUAUAUUGCUUAAAAUACACAUUUUUAAAAGUGACCAGUUUUAAAAAGCGCUUUUAAGCUAAAAGAGGAUGUUGCAUACAGCUGUAAAUGUUUUGUAUUUCUAUGAGAAUAUUUGACUUAACAGCUGUUGAAUUUUAUAUUCAACUAAAUAAAUGUAGGUGCAAUUAAGUUUUAUUAUUUGAAAUUAAAAAAUGGUUACAUAAUUUACUA